AUGGAGAUUGAACAAAAUUUCAACAAUUUAAAGCAGUUGAAGCCAUUUCGUGGUUUCCCUAAACGACGUAAACCAUUCUAUCAAUGCGGCGAUGAUCAAACCGAAGAAUCAACAGGAUUUCUUGAUGGAAACAACAUCCAAAUUGGAUCUCCAGCACGCUCUUCACCACAUUCACAAGGCUCUGACAACGGUGAACGUUUUUCACGAAAAGUUUUUGUUGGCGGCUUGCCACCAGACAUUGAUGAAGAUGAAAUAACAUCGUCGUUUCGUCGCUAUGGCCCAUUAAUUGUUGAUUGGCCACAUAAAGCUGAGUCAAAGUCAUAUUUCCCACCGAAGGGUUAUGCUUUCCUGUUGUUCCAGGAUGAAAGUUCAGUUCAGAAUUUGAUUGAAAAUUGCAUCAUUGAAGAUGAUAAACUUUACAUCUGUGUCUCAUCUCCAACUAUCAAAAACAAACCAGUACAGAUUCGCCCAUGGCGUUUGUCUGAUGCUGAUUUUGUUUUGGAUGCUUCAAUGUCAUUGGAUCCACGCAAAACAGUCUUUGUUGGUGGCGUUCCUCGUCCUUUGAAAGCUUUGGAACUUGCUAUGAUCAUGGAUCGGUUAUAUGGUGGAGUUUGCUAUGCUGGCAUUGACACUGAUCCAGAAUUGAAGUAUCCAAAGGGUGCCGGACGUGUAGCAUUUUCAAACCAACAAAGUUACAUUGCAGCUAUUUCUGCACGAUUUGUUCAAUUACAACACGGUGACAUUGACAAACGUGUCGAAGUCAAGCCGUACGUUCUUGAUGAUCAAAUGUGUGACGAAUGUGGUGGACAACGUUGCAGUGGAAAGUUCGCUCCAUUCUUUUGUGCUAAUGUCACAUGUCUUCAAUAUUAUUGCGAACAUUGCUGGGCUCAAAUUCAUUCCCGCCCUGGUCGUGAAUAUCAUAAACCAUUGGUCAAAGAAGGUGCUGAUCGUCCACGUGCUGUUCCCUUUCGUUGGUGUUAAACACAUCAUGAAUCAGUUCAGCAUUUCAAAUAUUGAUUGAGGUGUAAGUUUGCAUAAUGAGAACAAGAAUUUUUAUCAUCUACAUCAAGUACUAAAAAACUAAAUGAAGAAAAAAAACAUCAACAAAUCUAGUUAAUUUUAAUCAUCCUUCGCGAAAAGGAUGAAAGAAAGAUAAAAUACUUUAUUUUUAAAUUUAAUUUAUAGAAAAUGCGUAAUAAAAGAUACACGAUGUGAAAAUAAAUCGAUCUCGCUUGAUCGUAAACAUAAAUAAUAAAAAGGCC